AUGACAGAUGUUAACUUUAGUGACUUGGCAGAGAGAUCUGGCCAAUUGAUGGAUAGAUUCGCCACUACCUUUCAUGGAAUCAACUAUGAUCGAUCACUCAAAGAGCUUGGUGAGACAUCAAGAUUACUAAAUGAUAUAACAAGUUCAAAGUCAAUUCCAUACAAUGAAUCAUAUCAAAAGGCCAUCAACAAAUAUAAGAUAGAACCAAAGGUUAUUGGAGAGUCAUUGGAGAAUAUAUCGACAGCGUCAUUCAUUGAUGUUGAGACUGUACCAACUGAUGUUGAACAGUUCUUAAAGGGCGAGUUUGAGAGUAUGAUUAUGAACUCGAUACAUGACGUCCAGAAGAGGACAAACAAGGAGUUCACCAACAACUACCAACAGUCAUCGUUGUCAGAGUGGGCACGCGACAAGAAGACACUGGAGGAGACGUUGGGCCAGCGUUUCGUCAAGGUACACAAGCAGCAGCAGAUCGAUCUUGGCGGCUCAUCUAUGAUGGCGAGCGGCCGUCGCUCAGUCUCACCCGCCAUGCUGAUGAGUGGCGGCUCACAGCUCCAGCUUCCUCAGCCACAGCAGAUGCAACAACAGCAACAACAACAGCAGUCGAUGUUCAUGUCCAAUGCUGGAGGCUUCAGUGGCCAACUGGCGUUGACGAUGAAGGGCGAGGAGAAGACCAAGCUCUCCAACAAGAUGCGCGCAUACGCUCAGGUAGUGUUUGAGUGUCUCCAGGCCGACAAGUCGAAUGUCGGCGGUGGCCACGAGCAGAACUACCCGUUCGUCCAACGAUUGAUGGACGCACACCUUGCUGGCACCACCAAGAACCGCCAGGUCAUUGAGGACCUUUGGAUACUGAUCGAGAAACUUACGGAGCGCACGGGUGCCGCACCACCCGCCGAGACCAAGAUGAUUGGCCUGGUGCGUCGCACGAUCCAGUUCCUCGAGGAGCAAUUCGUCAACACAAUGAAGACGAGGAUACCCACGAUCAGCAACAUCUCCUCACCACUCGAGGAGGUGGUAUCAUACAUCAACAGCAACGUCCAGCAUCCACAGACCGACCCAGGUGAAACCUAUCGCAACUGUUCCAUCUGGUCCAUCAUCUACUAUUCCAUGCGAGCGGGCUACCAUCAAGUGGUCCUGGAGCUGACCGCACAUCUCGGUCGCUAUCGUGAUCUCAUUCGCAAUAUUGUCACAGCUCGUCGAGAGGGUGAUGGCAAAUGUCCACAAGAGUUAACAAACAAGAUGGCACAGGAGUACAGAGUUGUGAGGAACGAGAGCAAGGACUACUUCAAGAUUGCCGUGUUCAAUCUGUUGUCAAUGGUGGAUGCCACCAAUGUACAUUCCAACACCAUCCUAUUCCCCUUUAUCCAGGACUUGAUCUGGUGGAGAUUGUCAUUCAUUAGAUACCAAGCAUAUUCAUUGCAAUCACUUCAAAUGGAUAUCAAUGAUACAUUGUCACAGACACCAUUCGACCCAAUGGUAUUGUUCCAGAUUCAUUUGUUGACAUGUCAGUAUGAGUUGGGCAUCGCACAUCUGUCUCUGGGCAACCAGGAGGAUGCCCUCCACUUUGCCCUGGCACUGGAUCACGCGAGCCUGUUGAACAAGCCACGUCCCGAUCAGACGUUUGUCGACAGCAGCGACAUUUACAAUCAAUCCAGCGGCACUCUGAACGUGGUGGCAAUGAUUCGCCAGUACAUCAGGUCGUUCUCGUCCGAGACGGACAACACUGAGGCACUCUACUACUACCUGUUUAUCGACAACGACCAGAUACAGACGGCCUGCAUCUCAGACCUCAUAGUCACAUCGACCUGCGACACAGACUUUGCGCGCCAUCUGCUCACCAUGCCAGACUUUAUCCGCAAGGAUCAGUGGCGUCGCAUCAUUGAGCACACCGCCCUGACCUACGAGUCGCGCAGCAACUAUCAACUGGCCAUCUCCUACUGGUUGCUCAUUGAAGAGUACGCCCGCGUGCUGGACCUUUACAACAACCGCAUGUCCAUCCUGCUCAAGAGUGUCUCUGUGGAGAAGGACCAGCUGUACCAGUUUGGCCUGGAGCUGUUCAAUGACCGUCAGCUGCAGAUCAAGAUCAGCCACUCGGACAAGUCGUCCUAUCUCGCGUUUGAGCAGCUGCUGCAGCUGGCCGACUUCUUCAACCUGUACAACAAGGAGAGGUAUCAGGAGGCACUGGACCUGCUGGACAGACUAAGCAUUCUGCCUAUCGUCGAGCGCGACGUGGAGAUGGCCGUAGAGAAUUACCGUUUCCUCAGCGGCUGCAUCACCAAGAACUUCUCGGCCAUCAUUGAGGCCACCAUCGACAUCAUCAUGCGACUCUACCAAUUGGUGGCGCUGCCCAUGAACCAGGCCUACCUCCCACCGGCCACCACUCAACUCUAUGCUGGACGUCAAAAGACCAUCGAUGACAUUCAAUCACGUGCUCAAUCACUGACACAAUUCGCUGGCAAGAUAGACUUCCCAAUGUCCAGCAACACAUUAACCAAGUUGAUGAACUUUAUGGUCACCAUCAGGAAGUAG